AUGGCCCGGGCGCUGCUGGGGCUGCUGCUGUGCCUGAGCUCCGGCGUGGCGCGCGGCCCCGUCGCGCUCCGGCUGCCCCUGCGCAGCGGGCCGCCGGGCUCCCCGCAGCCGGAGACGCGGGCGCCGCGCUCGGCCCAGCAGCCCGGCCAGCCCCGGCGCGGCGGCGGCGGCGGCGGCGGUGGCAGCUUCGUGGACAUGAUCGACAACCUGCGCGGCAAGUCCGGGCAGGGUUACUACGUGGAGAUGACGGUGGGCAGCCCCCCGCAGAAGCUGAAUAUCCUGGUGGACACGGGGAGCAGUAACUUUGCGGUGGGCGCAGCUGCUCACCCUUUCCUACGGCGGUACUACCGGCACCAGCUCUCCAGCACCUACCGGGACCUGCGGAGGGGGGUCUACGUGCCGUACACGCAGGGCAAGUGGGAAGGGGAGCUCGGCACGGACUUGGUGGCCAUCCCCCACGGCCCAAACGUCACGGUCCGUGCCAACAUCGCCGCCAUCACGGAGUCGGACAAGUUCUUCAUCAACGGCUCCAACUGGGAAGGGAUCCUGGGCCUGGCGUAUGCAGAGAUUGCCCGGCCCGAUGACAGCCUGGAGCCCUUCUUUGACUCGCUGGUGAAGCAGACGAAGGUGCCCAACGUCUUCUCGCUGCAGCUGUGCGGAGCGGCCUUCCCGCCCAACGGCUCCGAGGCCCUGGCGUCUGUGGGGGGCAGCAUGAUUAUUGGGGGCAUCGACCCAUCCCUCUACCAGGGCAGCAUCUGGUACACGCCAAUUCGGAAGGAGUGGUACUACGAGGUCGUCAUUGUCAAGAUAGAGAUCAACGGGCAGGACCUCCAGAUGGACUGCAAGGAGUACAACUAUGACAAGAGUAUCGUGGACAGCGGCACCACCAACCUCCGGCUCCCCAAGAAGGUCUUUGAGGCAGCUGUGAAAUCUAUCAAGACGGCCUCCUCGACGGAGAAGUUCCCCGAUGGCUUCUGGCUGGGGGAGCAGCUGGUGUGCUGGCAGGUGGACACCACUCCCUGGCACAUCUUCCCAGCCAUCUCUCUCUACCUGAUGGGCGAGAGCGCCAACCAGUCCUUCCGGAUCAGCAUCCUGCCCCAGCAAUACCUGCGCCCUGUGGAGGACGUCGCCACCUCCAUGGACGAGUGCUACAAGUUUGCCAUCUCCCAGUCUUCCACGGGCACCGUCAUGGGCGCGGUCAUCAUGGAGGGCUUCUACGUGGUCUUUGACCGGGCCCGCAAGCGCAUCGGCUUUGCCGUCAGUGCCUGCCACGUGCAUGAUGACUUCCGGAUGGCCGGGGUGGACGGGCCCUUCCUGCACCCCGACAUGGAGGACUGCGGGUACAACAUUCCCCAGACGGACGAGUCCACGUUGAUGACCAUCGCCUACGUCAUGGCCGCCAUCUGCGCGCUCUUCAUGCUCCCCCUCUGCCUCAUGGUGUCUCAGUGGCGCUGCUUGCGCUGCCUGCACCGGGGCCACGACGACUUCGCCGACGACGUCUCCUUGCUCAAGUGAGCGCUGCCCCCUCCCCAGGCGGGCGCCGGCAGCAGGGGCUUGGGGGCAGCGAGGGACGGACUCCCCCCUCCUCUCGCCGGAGGGCCUUCGCCUCGACCGAGUGGGGCGGCUGCCGCCCCCUGGGACUGACU